AUGGCAAAUACUCUUCCUGUGGUGUUGCUGUUUCUUAGUGUAUUGGGACCUGUUACAUCCAUCAGAUUGGAUAAAAAUGGGUACACUGAUAUUCUUAUAGUCAUCAGCCCUGCUGUGCCAGAGAAUGAAAAACUUCUCAAUCAAAUCAAGGAAAUGAUUAUCAGUGGAUCAAAAUACCUGUUUGAAGCUUUAGACCACAAGCUGUUCAUCAAAGAGGUGAAAAUACUAGUACCACCAACCUGGACGACAGAAAAUUAUGAGAAAGCUGGAACAGAAUCCUUCAACAAAGGCAGAAUAAGAAUUGACAGCCCAAACCCUCAUUUUGGUGAUGAACCAUAUACUCAUCAGACUCAGGGUUGUGGAAAGGAGGCUGAAUACAUUCAUUUUACCCCAAACUUCUUGUUAAACGACAGUUUUAUUAAACCAUAUGGACCUAGAGGGAAGGUGUUUUUGCAUGAAUGGGCUCACCUCAGGUGGGGUGUAUUUGAUGAAUAUAAUACAAAAGAGCCCUUUUACAUGUCUGCUGGUCAGAUUCAACCAACAAGGUGUGCUGAUAAAAUUUCUGGAAAGUUGAUUGAAAUUAUAAAUCAGGUUCCUCAACCUUGCCAGACUGAUGAAGAUGGAAAACCUACAUCUAGCUGUGUAUUCAUUCCAGAUGAAGUGCAAUAUACAUAUGCCUCAAUAAUGUACAUGCAAAGCAUAAAGUCUGUAAAAGCAUUUUGUAAAGAAGAGGAUCACAACUAUGAAGCCCCCAAUGAGCAGAAUAAAAAGUGUGCAAAAGCAACAAGUACAGUCAUUUUUCAGGACUCAGUAGACAAAAAUGCCCUUCUCAUUCUAAAGCCUCUGCAAUCUGCACCACCAGCUCCAAAAUUCCAGGUCAUACAGCGGGAACAUCGGGUUGUCUGCCUUAUCCUUGAUGUCUCAGGAAGCAUGGGAGGUUCAAGAAUAAAACUACAACACCAAGUUGCUAAACUUUUCUUAAACCAGAUCAUUGAUGAACAACAGUCUGUGGCUCUUGUGACUUUUAGUAGUGACGCUCAAAUACUAAGUCCUUUGACUUUAAUAGAUGGACAGGCUUCAAGAGACAGUCUAGUUAAUAAGUUGCCAACAACUGCAUCUGGAGGUACAUCUAUCUGUAAAGGACUCAAAAAAGGGUUUGAGGCUCUUCAAAUUCCUCAUGGUAAAACAAAAGGAAAAGAAAUUAUUUUUCUGACAGACGGGGAAGCAAGUGAUAAUGUUCAGGAUUGUUUCCAGGAAGCUGUUCAAAGUGGUGCAAUCAUUCACACUAUAGCAUUUGGCCCAAGAGCAGACAAGGUACUGAAAACCAUGGCAGAUCAAACAGAGGGAGUCUUUAGAGUAGCCAGUGAAACCAUAAGUUCCAACGAGCUUAUGGAUGCCUUUUUUUCAAUGACACUGUUUGAUGGAAAUCCUAUUACACAGCCAGUUCAGCAUGAAAGCACUGGAAGGAAUGUUGCAGAUUGGUUUAAUGGAACAGUUCCUAUUGACUGGACUGCAGGAAAACACACCACCUUUACAGUAAUUUAUGAAAAAAGUGCACCUACUGUGUACAUACAGUCACCAAGUGGUAUGAUUUAUGACCAGAGAAACACCACCGACACUGCUAAAACAAUUACUUUAACUGUUCCAGGAACUGCAGAGCCUGGGGAUUGGAAAUACAGCUUCCUUAACAGAGAAAGAGCUGCACAGCAAAUGAGUUUAACAGCAAUGAGUCGAGCAGCUGGUGAAGAUCUUCCCCCAGUCACAGUUACAGCCAAAAUGAGCCAGCAGCUCAGUGACAGCACCAAACCUAUGAUUGUAUUGGCUGAGGUUAGUCAGAAUUAUGUUCCUGUGUUGGGGGUCAGUGUUUGGGCGACUCUGGAGUCAGAUACUGGACACUCAGAAAAACUGGAGCUGCUUGAUAAUGGAAAAGGAGCUGAUGCUUUCAAAGAUGAUGGUGUAUAUUCCAGUUAUUUCAUAAAAUUUAAACGUGGAAGAUACAGUCUAAAAGUCAGAGUGGAAAGUCAACAUGAAGGUGUCCACUUUCAUCUGCCCAGACACAGUGGUGCUCUGUAUGUCCCUGGAUAUAUUGUUGAUGGUGAAGUGGUUUUAAACCCUCCUAAGCCCGCAGUAAAUGUGAAGACAGAGGACAAUAGCAAGUUCACCAGAGUAGUAACUGGGGCGAGUUUUGUGGUGGAAAAGGAUGCACCUUUAAACUUCCCUCCAAACAAGAUCGUAGAUGUGAUUGCUGUAAUCCGGGAGAACACUGUGUUUCUUAACUGGACAGCUCCUGGUGAGGAUUGUGAUCAGGGAACAGCCCAGUCCUACGAAAUCAGAUGGAGUAAAGAUUUUAAGAUGCUUCAACACAACUUUAGCAGCACUAAUUUACUCAACACAUCAGCACUUCAGCCUCAGGAGUCAGGAUCAGCUGAGCAACACUCUUUCCAGCUUAACAGUACCAUUAAAAAUGGCACCAUGCUCUUCUUUGCUGUUUGGACAUUUGACAAACAGUCAGCAAAGUCUGAGGUAUCAAACAUUGCUCAUGCAACAAAGUAUUCUGAUCAUAGAACAGCCCAGUCAAGGAGUGCCGAUUUCCAGAAGCCUCUGAACAACUUCAGCAGCCCUAACUUACUCAAUGCUUCAGCAAUUCCUCAAGAAGAGAGCUCAGCUGAACAACACUUUUCCCACUUUAACAGUACAAUUAAAAAUGUUCAGGAAAAGACAACACAGUCUACGGUAUCAAAUCUUGCAGAAGCAACCAAGUAUGUCCUAAGUCACAGAUCCUCAUCCAUUUUAAAUCAAGGUCAGAAUCUACCAGCCAUCAUUGUAUCAAUCUGUGGUGUAGCCCUAGUGUUAUGUGUUAUAGCUGUGGUCAUCAGAAGGGCACUGAAAAAAAAAAAAGCUUUAUUCCCUAUCAGAGGAUUUAAUUUGUUCAGUUCUGACACAAAUGAAGACCCAAUAUUAAUUUCUACUGUUGAAAUCAUGUUAUAAACACCAAGUUGAAGUGGCGUUUAAGUUAAAAGUAUUAUACUUUGACUCUCUCAUUGUCAUAUAUCAUUUGAGGGACUUUUUUAUGUACCACAGAAAAUCUCAACGAUAUCAAAAUAAUUUUUAAUUUGUGUCGCAUAUAAUACACCAAGUUAACACAAAAAACCAUUAGUAUAUACUGUGUACAUUAAUACAAGUACUGAUUUAUACAUAUAAACAACUACUGUAUUUAAAUGCCUUCUGAUCAUCUAAUGUUAAUUCUAACACAACACCCACUACUUUACUGUAAACAUACAAAAACAAUUACACAGCGCAGAUUUGACCUUAUGUUCUAUUUAACACAAUUUAUUACUUGCUGUGCUUACAUAAUAUUCACCAAGCUUAAAUCAGGGCUACACAAUAAGAACCUAAUUAUUAUCACAACACAUAGUUGUAAUGCAAUACUUCUUAAAAUUUCAAAAAAUCUAAAUAAAUCAACUGAGAUCUAAUUUCAGUUUAACUAGUUAGUCAAAAACAUUAUUUACCAAUAUUUUCUCCAUGUUUUGAACCCUGUUAUGCUUUUACUAACAAAGACGCUAGGGAAGUGACAGAUAGGAAAUAAUAUCCAGUAAAUGUCCUGGGUCAGUGGUCACAACUUCUUGGUCUAUUGUUUAAGUAUUGUUUUUCUGUUUCAAAGUAAAGUAAAUUGUCAGUAUAUUUUAUACUAAUGAAAAAAAAAAACACUGAUCUUUACAACACUGUUUUCAAAAAUAGUAUUUGUGCAAAGUGUAAAUGAAUA